GGAACUGUUGGAACCACUGCACUGCAGGUGGCCAGGCGCAGGUCUCCAGCCUGAGAACUGGGGCUCUUGUUCCUCCCCUCUGCCUUCUUCCUGCCUGGCCUAGGAUGGACAUCAGCAAGGGCCUUCCAGCCAUCCAGGGCCACAGGGACCUCCACAUAUGGAUCACUGAGAACCACAAGAUGCUUCCGGUACCCGAGGGGGCUUACGGGAACUUUUUUGAGGAGCACUGCUAUGUCGUCCUCCACGUCCCCCAGAGCCUGAAGGCCACACAGGGGGCGUCCAGCGACCUGCACUACUGGGUCGGGAAGGAGGCGGGCGCGGAGGCGCAGGGCGCCGCGGCCACCUUCGUGCAGCACCUGCAGGAGGAGCGGGGGACCCUGACCGUGCUGCACCGCGAGGCGCAGGCCCACGAGUCCGACUGCUUCCGCAGCUACUUCCGCCCGGGAAUCAUCUACAGGAAGGGAGGUCUGCCGUCUGACCUCAAGCAUGUGGAGACCAACAUGUUCAACAUCCAGCGACUGCUGCACAUCAAAGGGAGGAAACACAUGUCUGCCACUGAGGUGGAGCUCUCCUGGAACAGCUUCAAUAAGGGUGACAUCUUCCUGCUGGACCUAGGCAAGAUGAUGAUUCAGUGGAAUGGGCCCAAGACCAGCAUUUCUGAGAAGGCUCGGGGGCUAGCCUUAACCUACAGCAUCCGGGACAGGGAACGUGGUGGUCGUGCACAGAUUGGCGUGGUAGAUGAUGAGGUCAAAGCCCCGGACCUCAUGCAGAUCAUGGAGUCUGUGCUGGGCCGCAGGGUGGGCAGCCUGUGUGCCGCCAUGCCCAACAAGGAUAUCAACCAGCUGCAGAAGGCCAAUAUUUGCCUGUACCAUAUCUAUGAGAAGGGCAAAGACCUGGUGGUCCUGGAGUUGGCGACCCCCCCACUGACCCAGGAUCUGCUGCAGGAGGAGGACUUCUACAUCCUGGACCAGGGAGGCUUCAAGAUCUAUGUGUGGCAGGGACGCCUGUCUAGCCUCCAGGAGAGAAAGGCUGCCUUCAGCCGGGCUGCGGGCUUCAUCCAGGCCAAGGGCUACCCGACCUACACCAACGUGGAGGUGGUGAACGACGGCGCCGAGUCGGCCGCGUUCAAGCAGCUCUUCCGGAUUUGGACUGAGAAGCGGAGCAGGAACCGGCGGCUCAGCAGGAUCGAUAAACUGAUUCAUGUAAAGCUGGACGUGGGCAAGCUGCACAGCCAGCCUGAGUUAGCCGCCCAGCUCAGGAUGGUGGACGACGGCUCUGGGAAGGUGGAGGUGGGAAAGGCCCAAAGCUUGGAACAAUGUCACUGCCAACACAGGGCCGACCUGGGAAGUGACCAGAGUCUGCCUGGCUCCAGGCUCGGCCACCCACAGGAAGAAGAAACCACACUGACCGAUGUGUGGUGCAUGCAGGACUUACGCAGGCAGCCCGUGGACCCCAAGCAUCAUGGACAGUUGUGUGCAGGCAACUGUUACCUAGUGCUCUACACAUACCAGAGGAUGGGCCAUGUCCAGUACCUCCUGUACCUAUGGCAGGGCCACCAGGCCACCGCAGAUGAGAUCGAGGCCCUGAACAGCAACGCUGAGGAGCUAGACACCAUGUACCGUGGCGCCCUAGUGCAGGAGCACGUGACCAUGGGGAGCGAGCCCCCCCACUUCCUUGCCAUCUUCCAGGGCCAGCUGGUGGUCUUCCAGGAGAGAGCUGGGCACUAUGGAAGGGGGAAGUCAGCGCCCACCACGAGGCUUUUCCACGUGCAAGGCACCGACAGCUACAGCACCAGGACUGUGGAGGUGCCAGCUCGUGCCUCCUCCCUCAACUCCAAUGACAUCUUCUUGCUGGUCAUAGCUGGCGUCUGCUACCUCUGGUUUGGGAAGGGCUGUAACGGUGAUCAGCGUGAGAUGGCGCGGGUGGCGGUCACUGUCAUUUCCAAGAAGAACGAGGAAACGGUGCUGGAGGGUCAGGAGCCGCCCCACUUCUGGGAGGCCCUGGGAGGCCGGGCCCCCUACCCCAGCAACAAGAGACUCCCUGAGGAGGUCCCCAGUGUCCAGCCACGACUGUUUGAGUGCUCCAGCCAGAUGGGCUGCCUUGUCCUUGCAGAAGUGGUGUUCUUUAGCCAGGAGGACCUGGGCCAGUAUGACGUCAUGUUACUGGACACCUGGCAGGAGGCCCCCUCUGUGGCCCAGAUCUUCCUGUGGCUUGGGGGAGCUGCAGGUGCAUGGAAGAAGGCGGUGGCCUGGGGCCAGGAGUACCUGAAGGCACACCCAGCAGGGAGGAGCCUGGCCACACCCAUCGUGCUGGUCAAGCAGGGCCACGAGCCUCCCACCUUCACGGGCUGGUUCUUCACUUGGGACCCCUACAAGUGGACUCCCGACCUGUCCAACAAGGAAGUGGUGGAGGGCAGCCCGGGAACAGCAUCGCUCAUCUCUGAGAUAACAGCAGAAGUCAACAGCUUCCAGCUAGCCAGAGGGCCAGGCAAUGGCAGAGCAGGUGCCAUGGCCCUUCAGGCCCUCAAGGGCUCCCAGGAUGGCUCAGGGAAUGAGCUGAUUCGGGGCCCCAAGUCGGGUGGCAUCAGCAGCACCAGCGCCUCGAUCAAUGGGGCCCUGCCCCGGGAGCAACUGAUGCACCAGGCCGCUGAGGACCUGCCAGAGGGCGUCGACCCUGCCCGCAGGGAGUUCUAUUUCUCAGACUCUGACUUCCAAGGUAUCUUUGGGAAAUCCAAGGAGGAAUUCUACAGCAUGGCCACGUGGAGACAGCGGCAGGAGAAAAAGCAGCUGGGCUUCUUCUGAGCCCCGGCCCCCUACCCCAACAUACCUACGACGCUGGGGACGCCCUGCUCCCACGCCCCUCAGAGGCUCUGCUCAUCCUCUGCUUGUCAGUAAAAGCAGGCCGUCCAUACA